AUGAAAAGAGAUCUUUGUAAACAUGUUGCAAAUCAAAGAGUUCAUGGUCAAUAUGCAAACAUGAAUAGCUCUAGAAGUGAUACUGCCAAUAGUAAUAUAAGAUCUUGUCAACCAAUCGAGGGUGAUUAUCCCAUCUGGUAUGUUUACAAUUAUUCUUGUAGUGCUAAUAACAAUAAAUAUUUUGAUUAUGAUACUUAUACAGUAAAGGUCUAUAAUCAGUUACAACCCAUUGUUGGAACCUGA